AUGCUUUCGAAUACAAUUUUGGCUCAUUACUCACCAGACCUGCCAUUAACCUUGGCUACCGAUGCUUCUUCAACAGGGGUUGGGGUAGUACUUUCACAUGUAAUGCCAGAUGGUGCUGAACAUCCAAUUCAGUUUGCCUCACAAACACUAAACUCUACACAGCGUAAAUGGGUACAAAUUGAUAAAGAAGCAAAUGCUAUUAUAUUUGGAGUGAAACGGUUUUUUCAAUAUCUUUAUGGAAGAAGGUUUGUUCUAUUUACAGACUACAAACCUUUAUUCCAAAUAUUUUCUCCUACUAAAGCUUUACCACAUCUCUCUUAUACACUUAUGCAACAUUAUGCAAUUUUUUACAAGGUUUUCAAUAUGAUAUUAAGUACAAGAAUUUUAACAUUCAGCCAAUGCUGA